AUGGCGCGCGCAGCAGACGCGAAAUAUCCUGGGAGCGUUCAGGCCCUAGAAGCUUUAAUCGAUGAAAGUCGUCAAGGCAUUGCGGUCUUAAUACAAAGCAGAUGCAAUGCACCUAUACUCAGCUAUUCUCAUGAGAGAAGAGAUCGCCAACGUUUGUUUGACAUUGGCUACACGUUAGCCGUGGAGUUGCGUCUAGUUUGCGGCUCUUCAAGUCGGCACCCCGAUGUGCUUUUUAAUCUAUUUUUUAAGCCUGUAAACUCGAUGGAUUUGUGA